AGUAGUGUAUAACUUAAUGGAAAACAGUGAAAAUCCUUAUGAUAUAGUGACGCUUAAAGCAGCAGGAAGGGCUAUGGAGAACCUGGUUCCUCUAGUGGAGAUCCUUAAGAGAAGGAUCAAGGGGCUCCACCAACUUAACAGUAUUAACCCAAUAACUGAGCAAAAACCAGAUGGAUCAGAAAGACAGUAUCUCAUUUUUAAAGUAAUCCUGUCAAAGGAAAAACUCGAAGAUGAUGGAAUCGGGUACCAAGAACCAAUUCCCGAAGACCAAGUAAAGGAAUAUUGGGAGCCAGAAUUCGAUGAUAGAGAUAGCUAUAGACCGAGAGGGUUCACAAGAGGAAGAGGCUAUUAUAACGGAGGAUACAGACAUUAUCAUAACCCAUAUUCUGAAGAAUAUUACGGGGAUUAUGAUAAUCAUUACCAGAGAGAUCAAGAAUAUCCUCCUAUAGGAUACAAUGAAGAAGGCGAUACUGAAGAAGGCUACACUGAAGAAGAGAACCAGAGUUAUAACGAAGAAGGUAAUUAUGACACCUAUAAAAAGCCAUCAGUAAUAAGAGGCUACAGAGGAACCAGAAGGCCUGUAUUACACUAAGUGCUCUCUCCC